AAUUUUGAAAAGAAAAGGAAAAUAAAACUUUUCAAUUCAAUUAGGUGAAAAAAAAAAAUCUCGAGAGGGUUUCCUUCUACAGAGAUAUAUCUUCUUCCCCUCUGCUUCGUCUUCUUCCUCCUUUUUUCCUUCUUCGUAUUAUCGCGACUGAGAAGUUACAAGGCAUCCUUAUUUUCCUUCAGAUCCGAGAGAGAGUGUGAGAGGCAGUUUACGGCGUGAUAAUAUGAGCAGCAAGGUCAGCGGCGGCGGCGGCGGAAGUGCCGGAGCGAGGAAAGGCAAUAACGGAAUUAACGAUAUUCCGUCAGGGUCUAGAAAAGUAGUACAAAGCUUGAAGGAAAUUGUAAACUCUCCCGAGGCUGAGAUCUAUGCUAUGCUUAAAGAGUGCAAUAUGGAUCCUAACGAAGCCGUCAAUCGCCUCCUCUCUCAAGAUCCUUUUCACGAGGUGAAGAGCAAAAAAGAAAAGAAGAAAGAGGCUAAGGAUAUACCGGAUUCUCGGCCGCGUGGUGCUAAUAACACAUACAACCGCGGGGGUAGAGUUGGUUCCGAUCGUUAUGCUGGACGAAAUGGAUCUACCCAUUACAGCUCUACUGAUUCUGGAAACUUCCAGGGAAAACCUACAUACAAGAAAGAGGGCGGAACCCAGGGUUACACAAGUUCUUGGUCUUCUGCCUCCGGAGUGGCAAACCAACAUCAGACACCACACAGUGAUUCUAUUGUCACGGAAAGGAAAUUGCCAUCUGUUGCCCCAGGCGAUGGAAUAUCAUCAUCACAGACUUCUUCUGGACAUCAAACUGCAUGGUUUGGAGCUCCAGGCCAGAUGUCUAUGGCUGACAUUGUGAAGAUGGGUAGACCACAGAACAAGACAACGAACUCACAACAAAAUGUCAAUAUACGUUCUGAGAUAAAUUUAGAGAAUGAAGUUAAUGCCGACCACCAGGUCCCUGUUAGAGAUGAAUGGCCGUCGAUUGAGAAGCCAGCGGCGUCUGGCCCAUCUUCUGUAUCAGUAGCACCAGCAGAGUUACAGGUAUGCAAUGGUCCAGCUGGUUUCCAAUCCGAUAGAGAAGAUCAACAUCUGAGGGACCGGUUAGAAAAUAUACAUUUAGCAGAAAAUGCCCCUUCUGAUAGUCUUGGAGUUGAUCAUGUGCAUCCUGACUUGGUGUCUGGUAGAAAUGUCCAAGAAGAUACUGAGUUUGAUGAUAAUCAAUACAAGUAUCAGGCACAGAGCCAUCCUGAAGAGCACCUCAAAGAUGAAGAUGAGGUUUCUUCUGGUUCGGCCAACCAUCAACCAUUAACAACAGAUAGUCAUGAUCAAGAAGCAUCGCAUGAAGAGGAUAGACCUGCUGUUGUUAUUCCAAAUCAUUUGUUAGUCCAUACAGAAGAAUGCUCGCAAUUAAGUUUUGGAAGUUUUGGAGGUUUCGGAUCAAGGCCUGUGAGCAACAACGUAGAAGAGACUUCGGAUGUAGCUCCACAGAUUGAACAUUCAGAUGCUAGAAAUACUGAGUUCUAUGGAGAUGAACAUCUUGAAACUAUGGCCAAUGGAAAUAUGGGCCACGCACCUGCUGCUGGAAAUUUUGAUGAUUCUUUAGAUUCUAGGCGAGAGGUUUUGAAGCAAGAAGACUCGGAGACCACUCAGGAGAACCAGUACACAUUUGCUCAGUCUGAGCAAGGGUAUGCUUAUGAAAAUGCGAAACAGCAGCUGAAUGCUGCAUAUGAUGCCUCACAGGCAAAUGCACAGAAUCAGAUGCAGAAUCUUGCUUCAUUAUCAAAUGUGAUGGGAUAUACACACUCAGUUCCCAACACUUUAUUGGCACAAACAGCACAACAUGUUAGGGAGCUUGAGUUCCAGUAUUCACCUUUUGCACAGCCUAUGCAAUCAAGGAACAACAACAAUGCCGCCUCAUCACAUGGUGGCCAAAGCAUUUCCUUGCCAGAGGCGCUCCGAGGCAGUGGAAUCCCUAGUACGCAGCCAGCCCAGCAAACGUUACCUGGUGCUAGUAUCGCUACAGGACCAGCUCUUCCUCAACAGCUUCCAAUGCAUGCUUACUCUCAACCAACAAUGCCUCUAGCACACUUUCCAAACAUGAUUGGUCAUCCUCUUAUGCCUCAGAACUACCUGUACAUGCCAUCCGCUUUCCAGCAAACGUUUGCUGGUAACAGCUCAUACCACCAGCAACUAGCUGCAUUGCUUCCGCAGUACAAAACCAGUCUCGCUCCCAAUCAUUUGCCUCAGUCUGCAACAGCGCCUGCCUCCGCUUAUGGAUUUGGAAACUCGGCCAAUAACGAAAACUCAGCGAUGUGGCAUCAUGGUCACGGGUCUCAAGCUGGUCAGCCCUCGAAUCAAACCCAGCAGCUAUGGCAAAACUCUUAC